UUCUCUCUCUCUCUCAAUCUGCAAAACCUGAUCCACCGGUGAUUCUCCCUACCAUGAAGACUGAGAAAAAACCAAUAUUAAACUAGAGAAUGCAUUGCAUUUGGUCUCUUUUGAGAUCAGAGACUCUUUGUUUUUUUAUUAAUCCUACACCCAGACUGCCCAUACACUCAGCACUUUUUUCUCAUCAGUCCUGCAAUAAAAGGACCGCUCACAGCUUUCUUCGAUGUACUCUCAUUCCUCCUCUCCUUUCUAGUUCCCUGCCAUUUCUUUUUCUCCUCCUCCUCCUCUUUCUUGAAACUCUGCCCCUUUUACUCUUGUCAACUAAAGUGAGCUCUAGUUGACUAGAGACAGAAAGAAGAUGGGGGAAGAGGCAAAACAGGGAGAGGUUAAGGCAGAGGCCAAGCCAGAGGAGAAGAAGGAAGAGCCAACACAGCCGCCCUCUCCGGUCAUCUUGCAUGUUGACCUGCAUUGUGUUGGGUGUGCCAAGAAAAUUGAGAAGUCCAUCAUGAAAAUUAGAGGAGUGGAAGGAGUGGUGAUCGAUAUGGCUCAAAACCAAGUGACAUUGAAAGGCAUAGUCGAUCCUCAAGCGGUUUGUAACACAAUCAUGAAGAGAACCAAGCGGAGAGUCAAAGUUAUAUCUCCUGUAUUACCUGCGGCCGAAGGUGAAGCAGCAACUCCACAAGUUGUCAGUUCACAGGUUAGUGGAUCGACGACAGUGGAGCUGCAUGUGAACAUGCAUUGCGAGGCCUGUGCAGAGCAACUUAAAAGAAAGAUCCUCAAAAUGAGAGGAGUUCAAACAGCUGUGACGGAACUUAGUACCGGGAAGGUCUUAGUGACCGGAACUAUGGACGCGGACAAGCUCGUUGAAUAUGUCUAUAGAAGGACCAGAAAGCAAGCCCGAAUAGUUCCUCAACCAGAACCCAACCCUGAACCCGAAAAGAAAGAGGAGAAGAAGGAAGAUGAGAAGCCACCAGAGGAACCGAAACCCGAGGAAAAGAAGGAAGAGAAUGGUGAGCAGAAAAGCGAGGAUAAGCCAGAAGAAAAGAAGGAAAAAGAAGAAGAAAGCAAAGAAAGUAAGGGUGAAGAUAAAAGUGGUGGCGAAAGCAAGGAAGAGGAGGCCAAGAAGGAAGGAGGAGGAGAAGAAGAAGCGAUGGUGAAUUAUAUUACUGUGGAUGAAGAGGGCAUGAAGAGAAUGAUGUAUUACUAUCAGCCACUCUAUGUCAUUGAGAGACUCCCACCCCCUCAGCUUUUCAGUGAUGAGAACCCCAAUGCUUGUUGCAUCUCCUAGUCCUUUUCAAUUUCGAAAGGGUUUCGGCAUCAAUAAAAUAAUCAAUCGUCAUUUGUAUCUCGA